UCNGCUGUCGUCGGACUUGAAGCACAGUUUGUUUUGACAACAAGAAAUACUGAAGGAAAACAAUGUCAUUACGAGCGUGACUGUGUAACAGUUGAACUCAGAAAUCAGCAAGGAGAGGACUGUGCGACCGAACCGCGAGUCCAGGAUAACAAAGAUGGCAGCUACAAGAUAAGUUACUUUGCCAAAGAAACUGGAAAAUGCGUUGUAUCAGUAAAAGUAAAUGAGGAUCACGUUCAUGGCAGCCCUUUUGCAGUUCAGAUCAAACCCAGACAGUUCAGACCCGUGCUGUCGUUUGGAAAAGAAGGCUCGGCUGCUGGAAAUCUACAGACCCCUUGGGGAGUGGCAGUGAAUGAAAGGAAUGAAAUUGCAGUGACUGAUAAAGGUAACAACAGAGUCCAGCUGUUCAGUAGUGAUGGAACUUACUUAAGAUCGUUUGGUACAAAGGGUGAUAAACAGGGAGAAUUUGAUUUUCCUUGCGGGAUAGCUUUUGAUAUAAAGAAUGGGAAUAUUUUAGUGGUGGACAGUGUUAACCACCGUGUUCAAUUGUUCAGUGAGCGGGGUGAGUUCCUGAACCAGUUUGGUAAACAAGGAACUCUUGAUCACCAGCUUCAGUAUCCCCGUGGUUUAUCUGUAGACAGUGACGGGAAUGUUAUUGUCACUGAUUCAGGUAACAAAGUAAUUAAGAUAUUUUCUCCUAGUGGCCAGUUUUUACGUAGAAUUGGCGGGGAGGGAACUUUCAAAAGACCCUGGCACUGCGUCCAGUAUGACAACUUUCUUAUAGUAUCAGAUAGCGAAGAAAAUUCAAUUAAAGUGUUUUCUAGGGAGGGAGAUUUGUUGUACAAAUUUGGAAAGAAGGGGGAGGGAGACGGGGAGUUUAAUAAACCUCGUUGCUUGUCAGUUAACAAGGCAGGACACCUGAUGGUCUGUGAUACGUUUAAUUACAGAGUUCAGGUGUUUGAACUGAGUGGAAAUUUUACCACAAAAUUUGGAACAAAAGGGAGCAGGAUAGGAAACUUUGAUCAACCACUCUCUACAGCAGUCCUUAGCGAUGGUAGAAUAGCCGUGUCUGAAUUCGGUAACCACCGCAUUCAGGUCUUCGAGUAAAUCCACACUGCCUGAUUUCAAACCGAAAAGGACUAGGUACGGGUCUGUAAAUUAUGGUAUAAGCAACUUUUGAUCCACAUAGUCAGAAAGAGCACAUCGAGAUUUACAAAAUCCCUAAGUUUGGUGUUAAUCAGGCUAGUUUUGACUGAGAUACAGCUAUUUAAAAACGUCAAAAUUAACAAAGAAAUGUUUGGUCAUCCGGAGUAGAGUUCGGAUGGCCAUACAUUUCUUUGUUAAUUUUGACAUUUUCAAAUGGCUGUAUCUUGCUUACUAUUGGGUCUCUUUACACCAAACUUGGUCUGCACUUUAUGACUAUGUGGAUCAGUAAUUGCUAAUCCCCUAAUUUACAGACUCGUACCUAGUCCUUAACGGUUUGAAAUCAUGCAAUGAUGAAAUUAAAUCAGCUGCUAAAAAAUAUGAGAUGAUUUCUUAAUUGUUUUACGACACGCUUUGUCAUUGUUUCAGUUAGAAAUUUAGUGCCAUUCGUUAGUUGUGAGUUGUAUGAUCUGCGUUAAAUCGAAAAGAAGAGUGUGUGCUUUAUUCUCCACUCUAGCGCAUUCUUGGAUUAUCAGCAAUUUUAUGAUUGAGCAAUUGACUCGGUUUUCAUCAAGUAUAGCCUUGUGUAAUAGCAAGUCACGCCUCUGAUUCUGUGAUUCAGCCAUUCUAAGGAUUGUAAGUUUUUAUCGAAAUAUAUUUACUCAGACUUACUUAAGAGGUCAGUGUUUCUUUGAUUUAGCUUUUAAGACUCUUUCUGUCGAAGCCUUGAAAGUUCGCCUUUUAUGAAGGAAAAUGGGUUGAAUCAACAAUCGUAGAACGGAAUUGUCUAUUUUGAAGAAAUACAUUUGCCACACCCUUUUGAAGUAAAAAAAACCGUUAAAUUUUAUAUCUAAUAACAGUUUAUAAUACUUGUCAGAAAGUUAAGUCGAUGAAAGAUGGAACUUAACGUUUCAAAUGGUAUUCAGCAUCAGAGGGUCUGGAAAGAGAUGAUGUAAUCUCAGUUUAUCAAUAUAAAUUUUGGUGAUUUCUCAGCAGCCAGGAAAAUUUUCAGCUCAUUUAUCAGCUAUCAGUAAAUUUGUUGAUCUUGAAUCGCAGCCAAUAGUCCAUGAAAGCGUUAUUUCCUAGCUGAUAGUGACAGUUUUGACCAGUUGUCAGCUAUCUGAGUUUACUGGCCUCAUUCAGACCCUAAAUGUCAGCAAGUAAAUAAUUUUAAAUACUUUUGUAAACAAGUUAGUAAGUUUUCGUAGCAAGCAUUUUAUCGUUGACCUUUGGAAAUAAACACCUAGUGAUCUAUUUUCUAGGACGUUAGCAAUUUCGUGACACCAUAGUUACCAGUGUCAUGUAAGCUUGUAGAGGUGGAAAAUUGUGAAUAAAUUGUAAGAGUUUGAUAUCCAAA